AAUCUGCGAGUGAGGCAGGGCAGCAGAAGACAUCAGACAAUCCAAUUGGGAGCACCAUCAUCGGAGCGCCAACUGGGAACUGCAACAGGGAAAAAAGAUGACAAGACAGAGCUACAUUUGGGCUCUGGCCGCCUGCCUCAUCGCAUGCGCCAGUGCCAAUGGCUAUGGUGCGCAACAGGGCUACGGCGGUCCCGGGGCCGGUGGCGGUCCAGGUGGCAAUGAUGGAGGCGCCGAUGCAUCCGCCGGAGUAUCUGCCGGCGGUGUUGCCGGCAGCAAUGGCGGCGAGUACACCAUCAGCGGUGGUGGACCUGGAGCUGGCGAGGGUGCCGACGCCUCGGGCGUCGCCCAGGCCGGACAGAGCGGCGGCUAUGGCUCCUCUGGACAGAGCAGCUAUGGCUCCGAUCAGAACAUCCCCUACAAGCCGGUGAACACCAAGGGUAACACCCUGACCUCAUCCAUCACCUAUCCCCAGAACAAGGGCGAGAUUCUGAUCCAUCGUCCAGCGCCCAUCAUUGUGAAGCGUCCGCCCACCAAGGUGCUGGUGAAUCAUCCUCCAUUGGUGGUGAAGCCCGCACCCGUUGUGCUGCACAAGCCCCCAGCAAUCGUGCUCCGCAAGGUCUACGUCAAGCACCACCCACGUCGCGUCAAGGUCGAGCCCGUGUUCGUCAAUGUGGUCAAGCCGCCAGCAGAGAAGUACUUCGUCAAUGAGAACAAGCAGGGCUACGGACAGAGCUCCCACGGCGGCUCCCAGGGUUCUCACCACGGACACGGCCACGGAGGUCACAGCCAUGGAGGUCACGGAUCCGGCUCGCACGGUUCCGGUCAUGGCGGCAGCCACCAGCACGGUCCCGGCCAAGCACUGCCCGCCUAUGCCUCUGGUGCAGAUAGCGCCGCUGCCAGCGCCGGCUACCAGCUGCUGCAGGGUGGCAAUCAGGGUCUCUCCGCCCUGGCCAACAUUGCUGGCGAGCGCGAGGGCCACUAUGGUGGCGGUCACGACCAGGGUCAUGAUCACGGUCACAGCCAUCAGCACUAUGGUGGUCCCGGCCCAGCCGGACCCAGCGCCUACUCGGCUCCCUCCUAUUAGGUUGGGAUGCUGCGUGUCGGCCUUUCAGUGGCUGGCUCUGGCGUUUAGUUACUAUGUUUUUACACAGCUUGAACGUCCCACCCAUCCCCACACGCACACAAACACCCCAUUCACAAUGGAAGGCGUGGCACUCAGGUUUCUUUGCAAACAAAUAAAAAAUUUGAAAAAAUAACUAA